AUGUUGAAAUCACUUUUAUCUUUUGGCCGCACACAGGAAUACUUGUUUCCCCAAGUGAAUCCCGCGGAGGACGGUCCCGAUUGCCUGAAAGACUGUGCCGAUUGCACCAUCACGUACCCUUCAAAAGUGAAGAUUGAAACUUUGAGGCCUCUUUACGGUCAGAUCAAGGAAAUCCAAGCCCAUGUCCUCGUAGCGACAGGUCGCUCUGACUGGAAGGAGAAGGUCGGUCACGAACAUGGCUCCUUAAUGGAGGCAUUUGACCAAUCUUCCGCUAAGUCUAAACUCGGUCGCAUUAUGGUCUCGGCCUCCAAUCUUCAAUCGCCAGAUCACUCUGGAGAGCAAGACCCGACCAAACCUACAACAGUGCUCAUCCUGCCCUCAUUCACCUUUGUGGACAAAGUUUCUCAAGCAGAUGUCCCAAGCCUAAUUCAUCGAUUCAUUGACAACCCCGGCGAUGAAAAGAAGGCAUCCAGCGCCAGUUCGGCAUCCGGAAUGACAGCCCGCCCUUGUGAGUUGGACUACGUGAUCCUACUAUGCUCACACCGUCGACGAGAUGCGCGCUGUGGAAUCACGGCGCCACUCAUCAAGCGGGAGUUAGAGCGUCAUCUCCGUCCUCUUGGGCUUGAUCGCGAUGCCGAUGACUCGCGGAAGGGUGGCGCGGGGAUCUUCUACGUCUCGCACGUUGGAGGUCACAAGUUUUCGGCCAACGUCUUGGUGUACCGCAAGAAAGAACAGCAGAUGAUCUGGUUGGCGCGAGUACGGCCCGAACACUGUGAAGGGUUGGUGAAAUACACUCUGCUGCAGGGCAAGGUGGUUCAUCCCGAGUCACAGCUGCGGGGUGGGUUUGAUCGCGCACGGGGCCUGACGAGCUGGUGA